UUUCUUUCACCUUUGAACACUGCUAUAUCUAUAUGUAACAAUGACCAACCAUCUGUGUUAAGCAUGAAGUCCAACAACCCAAUCAUUAAAGUAGAAAAAAUAGCACUUUCAAGCAGUAGAGAUUCUUGUUCUUGCAUUUGCUUUUGGGUUCCAUCUUUGAUUUUCCAGAUUUCUUUAUAAUUAAGUUCCAUCUUUGUCAUUCAAGAAUACAAUUACAAGUUUAUUUUUGGUUGCAAGUCUAAACUUUAAAGAAUUUUAACCACCUGUUUGUGGUGUUGACUUCUCUGACAGUAAUAGUUUUAGUAAUAUUUCCUGCACCCUGUUCUAUCUUAUUGUUUGUUUAUUGUCACCACAACCCACUAAUAUAUAAGUUGCUUAUUUCUUAUAGUUGCAGAAGUUGCCCAGUCUCUUUUUAUCUCUACUUCCUCUAUUAUUUACUCCUCCCAGUCACCGCAAAUAAGUGUUUCUUCACCUUUUUGAUCUAAUGAAAUUCUCCAACUAAUGUGUACCAAUUUUUUUAUCCACCUAACGGUUUAAGGGUUUAAUAUAAACCAUCUUUGGUCCCACUAUUUUACUAAAUCUGUAAUUCUGGAUCCCCUAUUUUUUUUCCAUCCAAUUUUGUUCCACUGUUUUACUAUAUCAGCAAUUUUGUCCCCUCUAUUACACCUUUGAUUUUGAUGACAAUCAAAUAUUUUACUUUCUUAAAUAAGAAAAAUAAUUAAAAAUAAAUAAAUUAAAAUGUCAGAACUAAAAACUGAAUGAAUGAAACAAGAUUUGGGGAUUUAAGUCAGCACAUACGAACGAACUCAUUUCUCAGUCCGCGACUCUCGCCAUCGCCUCUCUCGUCUGCGUCUCUGUCAUAUCAUCGCCGUCUGCUCCGAUGUCUCACGCACAAGUCGUCGAAGCAACGUCACAAGAAAAUAUGGAAUUUGAUAACGAGGUAGAACAAAGGGAAUCACAAUUUGCGGGUAUAUGCGCUUCUAUGAUCCUUGCACAUGAUUUGCCCUUUAAUUUUUUGGAGCUCGAGGUAAUGAGGAAGUACACUGAGUUCUUAAAUCCAAAUGCUGUUAUACCUCCGACAAAUGUUAUUGAGGCUUAUGUUUCGCAUUUGUACACGAAAGAGAAACUAAAGCUUAAACAAGAAUUGGCUAGCAUUCCUAAUAGGAUAUCUUUAACUUUUGAUUUGUGGGAAUCUAACACCACUGAGACUUAUAUUUGUUUGACAGCUCAUUUUGUUGACGCGAAUUGGAAGUUGAAUAGUAAGGUUCUCAACUUUCGUCUUGUUUACCCUCCUAUUGCAGCGGAGAUUUCGGAGAGAAUGAUUGAAUUGUUGAAUGAUUGGGGAAUAGAGAAAAAGAUUUUCUCUCUCACUUUAGAUGAUUCAUUUGAGAAUAAUGUUAUGCUAGAACAAUUGAAAAAUCAACUUUGUUUGCGAAAUGGGUUGUUAUGUGAUGGAGAGUUCUUUCAUGCUCAUUGUUUUGCAUGCGUUUUAAAACUGAUUGCUGAAGAGGGGUUAAAACUAGUUAGUGGUGCCGUGUAUGGAAUUCGAGACAGCAUCAUGUUUGUGAGGAAUUCAAAAAAUAGAAGGACAAAAUUUAAGGAGUGCAUUGAAAAGGUUGGUGGUGUUGAUAGUUCUGUUUGCCUGCAUCUGGACAUGUCUAUGAGUCUGAACUCAACUUAUGUGAUGCUUGAAAGUGCUCUUAAAUAUCGGCAUGUAUUUGAAAGUUUUCACUUGUAUGAUGAUAAUUACCAGUUAUGUCCUUUAGCACAUGAGUGGAAAAGAGUUGAAAAGAUUUGUGCGUUCUUGCUGCCUUUUUAUGAAACUGCCAACAUGAUUAAUGACACAACGCAUCCUACUUCAAACUUGUGUUUUUUGCAAGUUUGGAAAGUCCAAUGUGUUCUAGUUGAUAGUUUGGGAGAUGAAGAUAAAGUUAUAAAGAGAAUGGCUGAAAGGAUGAUGAGCGAGUUUGACAAAUAUUGGGAUGAGUAUAGUGUUGUUCUUGCACUGGGAGCAGUUCUUGACCCACGGAUGAAGUUUUCGACGUUGGCUUAUUGUUACUCAAAACUUGAUCCAUCAACCUGCGAGCAGAAGUUGCAACUAGUAAAGAGAAAGUUGUACAUGCUAUUUGACAAGUAUUCUAGCAAAAGCACUUCUUCUGGCCUAAAAAGAACUACUCAGGACCAAUCUUCUACCAUGCCAUUGCAAAAGAAAUUAAAGUCUUUAUCUCACGGCCUAUUCAAUGAAUUGAAAGUGCACCAACGGCAGCUUGUUACUGAAACUAGAAAAUCUCAACUUGAUGUUUACUUAGAUGAGUCAAAUUUGGAUUUUCAUUGUUAUGAAGAUAUGGAUGUAUUACAAUGGUGGAAGAGAAAUAAUAAUCGAUUUCCGGAUCUAUCAAUAUUAGCUUGCGACUUGUUAAGUGUUCCCAUUGCCACUGUUGCUUCUGAUUCUGAAUUUUGCAUGGGUUCACGUGUCUUUAACAAGUAUGAAGAUCGUACGCUGCCCACGAAUGUGGAAACUAGAAUCUGUACUCGCAGUUGGUUAUACAAUUUUGUAAGCGAUGACAGAGAAGGCGACAGAGAUGACUUGGAUGGAAUAAUGAAUGAAAUUGAUAAUGGUGAAAAAAUGGUGCAAGCGUGACAAUGAUGGCGGUGAUGAUUGAUUUGCUUGUAGUUAUUUAACUUUGAUUUAUCAUGUUUGUUUUGACUUUAUCUUUUAAAUUGUUAGGAUAUGGUCUGGUCUGGUGGACUUAACUUUUAAUGUUCGUUAUUGUAGACUUGUUUUAACUUGUAAUAUGUGGAUUUGUUCUCUUUUAUCAAAUUUGGAUCUGUAUGAAAUCAUUCCUUA